CUUCUAUCUCCAACCCUUCUAGUGUAAUAUAACAAAACACCUCAAAACUGUCCCUUAACACCCCAUUUUACGGUACUGAAUGUUCUGACAUAUUUUACCUUACUUCAUUAAAACAGUUUUGAAUUAAGUCCUAAAAUGCUACCACAAUAUAUACUAAUGCUGCCUUAGCCUCCACCUUCCUCGUAAGGCCAAUAACAUAAGCUGAGGUGAAGUUGAGGUCGCAAAAAGAAAUGGGUCUGGACCCUGGGCCUGGGGUUCCCAUUCUCAUGAAGACCCAAUAGCCACUGACAGGUUUCUGGAGAUUUUUAACUUCAGUGGUCAGUGUUCAUGAUGCUGCUGGGAUUGAGUCAUCUCUAUGAUGGCUGGAUGGAGUUGGAAAGUGACCCAGGGCUGUUCACGCUGCUGCUGGAGGACUUUGGCGUCAAGGGUCGCCAGGUGGAGGAGAUCUACGACAUCAGUAAGUCCGCGGACGAGAAGACGUUCGGCUUCAUCCUGCUGUUCCGCUGGAUGGAGGAGCGCCGCGCCCGCAGGCAGACCAGCGACAAGGACAGCUUCCUCAUGGAUGAGGAAGAGGUCAACAGCAUAUUCUUUGCGCAACAGGUCGUCCCUAAUAGCUGUGCGACACACGCGCUCGUCUCGAUCUUGCUCAACUGCUGCGACGUUGACCUGGGACCGACGCUGACAAAUUUCAAACACCACGUGGAGGGCAUGAACCCCGAAAACAAGGGUCUGGCGAUUGGCAACACGGCGGAACUGGCGUGGGCGCACAACUCGCACGCGGCGCAGCAGGCGCACCGCGUGCAGGAGCGGCCCAUGGUCGGCCUGCCGGUGGGCCGCUCGGCCGCCGAGACAUUCCACUACGUCAGCUACGUACCCAUCAACGGCCGCCUGUUCGAGCUGGACGGACUGAAGCCGGGCCCGAUCGACCACGGCCCGUGGGGUGCCGACGAGGAGUGGACUGACAAGUUUCGGCGUGUCAUCUCGGACCGACUGGGUAUCGCCACCAGCGGCCAGCCCUACCACGACAUUCGGUUCAACCUGAUGAGCGUCGUCUCGGACCGACGCAUCACCCUCACACGACGACUGAAACUUCUCAAGGACGACAUCUGGUGGCUGCACCGGCUGGGUCAGCGGGACUCCGCGGCGGCUCCGGCCGACGGCGGCGGGCCGGGCGCCGAGCCGCCGCGGCCGCUCUCGGCCGAGCUGCGGGCGCACCUGGCGCGCGAGCCGGGCGGCGCCGGCUCCGACUCGGAGCUGCGCCAGGCGGCGGCCGAGUGGCCGGCCGGCCGGCGCGCCGCCGUCCAGACGGCGCUCCACCACGACGCCCGGGCGCUGGAGGAGCGACUGCGCGACGAACUCGACAAAAGGAAAAAGUACCAGGUGGAGGCGAGUCGGCGCACGCACGACUACGACCCGUUCAUCACCACCUACCUGUCCAUGCUGGCGGCCGAGGGCCUGCUGGGCGAGAUGGUGCAGCAGCAGAUGUACCCCAGCAAGUACCGAAUCAUCGAAAAACAGGACUGCAAGGGAAAGCGGAAAGGUCGGAAAAGGAAGUAAAAGGAGUCUGAAAGCUCGUGUGUUUCGCUAUGCAAAUUGAGCGUGAGCUGGCAUUACGUAUGAUGUUAUCACGUUUGAUCAGUGUACAAUUACCAUCGCAUCACGCAGUAUCAUUUCAUUGAAAUGUUUUAUUCAUAGUCGCGUCGUACAUUUGAGCUUGUUUUCAUCGUUCCGGUACAAGUGUUGUAGAAAGGAUCUGUCUGUCUUGGCUUACGUGACAGAUUGGCCCGACAUCGCGGCUCUGAGUGUGUCAUUACCUUAGUUUGUGUUGAGAAGAUCACAUGCAUUAGCAAAUGGGGAAUGCGAUAAUAAAUGCACUGUGAUAU